AUACGCGUCCGCACAAGUGUGCCGACCUGGACCCGACGGGCGCGACGAGAAAUAUGACGUGCAGCGGUCGCCGCAACGUUUACAUUGUAUUUCAUUAGAUAUCCCGUGCGCACCACGGUUGUUUUUUUUUUUUUUUUUUGUGUUUUUCGAUUUGAUUUUUUGUUUUCCUCGUCUCCGGACAUCGGCGGCGCACGUUGCGCUUUCCAUUUUGGAUCGACUACCUACGUGUUUUUUCCAGCACCCGCAUCGGGUUUCCAACGAUGGGCUCGAACGCCGUGUCCCUAUCAGUGGCCAUAAUCAUCGUCGCCAUCACGUCCAUUGCCACGACCAAUGGUUGCCAAUUUUAUCCCGUCGACAAUCACUUCAGGUUUGUUAGAUUAUCGGAAACCACACCAGUCGGUUCUGAGGUGAUGCAGAUCGAGGUGCAUCCAAGGAGAAACCUCAAUUUGCAACCAAUCGAUAAUCACGAUGACGUGGCGUUUUUCAAAUUCCGCACAAUUAACCGAACAGCGAUUUCGUUGAGGUUGGCUCGAUCUCUUGAUGAUUUAGUCGACCGACCAAAUCCUAUCGAAAUACUUAAAGUCAAAUUGGUGUGCGGAGUCGAAGACGCUUCGUUCGGCUCGUCCAUUGUCAUUACCGCGUACGUCGACGACGUCAACGACAACAGUCCCAGUUUCAUCGGCGCGCCGUAUGGAGCGGAAAUCUCCGAGUCAACACCAAUCGGAACGACUGUUGUGCGGGGAAUAAAAGCAGUAGACGCCGAUAAACCGAACACUCCCAACUCGGAAGUGCGAUACUUAAUCGCCGCGUCGAAAUCUCAAGCCAAGUUUUCGUUGGUGAUGGAUGCCAACGGUUCCGCGACAGUGGUGCUCAAGGAAUCGCUUAACUUCGACACCGGAGACGAACGGUUCCUGUUGGAAGUGUACGCCAAGGACGAAGGAUCUCCGUCCAGGAACGCCAGCACUAUCGUUGAUGUGCGCGUGAAACGGGACGAGUCUAAAGUGUUGAAAUUCUCUAGUGACGUUUAUCACAGUCAGUUCAAAGAACAUUUUCCGAUAACGGGAAAAAAAAUUCUCCAAGAAAUUCCUUUCAACCCGCCGAUUCGCGCGUUUUACGAGAACAAUACACUAAACGCUUCAAUCCGAUACUCGUUGACGUCGUUGGACUUCGACGAUGACGUGUUUCACGUAGAUCAAAUAUCUGCGAAGAUAUACCUGAACAAGGAAAUCGACGCGGAUUUACUUCCAUCAAACAUAUUUUUACUGAAGAUCCAAGCGGUGGACGUGAACAACCCGUCGAAAAAAGCGUUCGCCGAGGUGGAGAUCGAAGCGAUCGACGUGAACGACAACCAGCCGAAGUUCGAGGUGGACUCGUACAACGUGAGCGUGUUCGAGAACAUCCCCAACGGGUACAACGUGCUGCGGGUGGUGGCCACCGACUUGGACCAGGGCGACAACGGCGAGUUCGUCUAUCACCUGGUUGACCCUAGCCAGGCGUUCACCAUCGAUGGCAAGACCGGUUGGAUAACGGUACGGAAUCACACGAAACUGGACCGCGAGCAGAAGACGAGUUUCUCGUUGCGGGUGUACGCGCGCGAGAAGAUACCGUUCGUGAUGCACCAAAAAGAAACCGGGGACGCAUUUGUCAGCGUGGAAAUCGUUCUGGUCGACGUUAACGACAACGGGCCGACGUUCGUGCCGAACAACCAGUACAGUUUCAAGACAAAAGUGGACCACGCGAUAGGAGCUACGAUUGGCAAGGUCGAAGCCGUGGACCCGGACGACGGGGACAACGGGCGCGUGGUGUACAGGGUCUCGUACUCGCCCAACAACGAUUCGGAAGUGUUCGCCGUCAACCCGGAAACAGGCGAGGUGUUCGCCAACGAGACGCCGUUGCGCGCGGGCGUGCACACGAUCAUCGUGAACGCUUCGGACCAGGCGGUCGACCCCAAGGAAAUGAAGUACUCGUUGGCCGUGGUCACGAUCGCGGUGGUCAUGGAAGAAAUCGUCCAUCCCGAUUUCGUCAACGCCCCGUACGAGUUCUGGGUCGGAAGCGACGUGCCGGUGGGUACGAGCGUGGGCCAAGUGCGAAUAGUCUCGGAGAACCCGGACAUCGAUUACGAUCUGCUGCACACGUACCAGGAAGGAGUGCCGUUCGCCGUCGAGGAGAAGACCGGUACGAUUUCGGUAGUCGACAUCAUCACAAACUUCGACCGGACCGACUACGAGUUCGAAGCCGUAGCCACGGACAACCGGGACCUGAUCAUCUCCACCAACGUCACCAUCCACAUAGUGUACUCGGAUUCCAGUCAGACGUUGUCGAAGACCGUGGAUCCCAUAAGUCUGAUGUUCCGAGUGCGAGAGAAUCUGCCGGGCGUCGCGAUCGGGAGACUGUGGAACGUGGACUUCUCGAACUCGUCGACCAUGUCCAAGCCGAGUUUCAUCGUUGCCGACCCGGACGACGGGGAACUGUUCACCGUGUCCGAGGACGGCGUUUUGUACACGAAAUCCGGCUUGGACAGAGAGACCAAGGACAGCUUCAAGUUGACCGUCAUCGCGGACCGGAAGACGAAGACUGGGAUACACCACGCGACCAUAUUUCAGAUACGCAUCGUGGUGGACGACGAGAACGACAACGCGCCUGAGUUCCAAAUAAAGCACUACGAGGGUUCGGUAACGGAAAACUGUGACGUCGGUACACACGUCGACUUGAACGCGCCUGUUAGAACAAUAGAUCGAGACUUGGGACCUAACUCUGUUUUUUCGUUGACUUUAAAAGGAGAAGGUAGCGAAGUGUUCGCCAUCGACAAGGAGUCCGGGGACGUGACCGUCUCGCGACCGACGGUCGAUCGGGAGGCCAAGGACACGUACCACCUAAAGAUCGUGGCCACGGAUCGGGGCAACCUGACGUCCGAGGCUUCGCUCACCAUACGCGUGACCGACGUGAAUGACAACGUGCCCGUAUUCAAACGCAUAGCCGUGUACACGAAGGACAAGGUGCGGGUGGCCGCCAGCAGCCGGUCGAACGUGUCGGUGACAGUGGGUGACCGGCCGGUGCCGCACCGGUUGGACAACGCGACCACGACCAUGGUUGCGUGGCUGCCGGACACCGUACAACCGGGCACUCCGAUACUGGCGGUGACAGCCGAAGACGCGGACUCCACUGGGUCGGCGAUCACGUACCGGCUGGCCAGGGGCGGGUUGGAGUUCGCCGUGCACCCGGUUUCUGGUCAACUGUCCGUGGUGGGUCAACUGAAGAUCGGCGAACAGGCGUUGAACGUAACCGCGGAGGACGAAGGCGGCUUAACCGCGUGGAUACUGAUUGUCGCGUUCGUCGAGGAAGACGUUCUGUUCGAGAAAAAGGCGUACGAGUUCUGGGUGCCCGAAGGCUCGUACAAGAGCCACGAGAUCGGGUGCGUCAUCACGGAGGAGAGUUCGGUCACGUACUCGUUGUCCAAGAAGAGCUACCGUAACCCUGCGUUCUCCGUGACCGACGCCGGGUGUCUGCUGGUGUCCGGCGAUUUGGACCGGGAGACCAGGGAAUCGUUCGACCUGCGGCUGACGGGCAAGCGGAAUUCCGGCGGAACGCCGUCCACCGUCGACGUGAUCGUCAAGUUGUUGGACGUCAACGACAACGCGCCACAGUUCCGAAACCACCACCGAGUGCGGAAGUUGUCCGCCGAGGAGAUCGGCCUCCAAGGGUUCCAGGGCGAACUCACCGUGCCCGUCUACGAAGCCACGUUGGCCGAGUCCGGGCCUGAGGGCACCAUGGUCACUAGGAUCGUGGCUGAGGAUCCGGACGGGCCGGAUGACGGGAACGCCGACGUUAGGUACAGCCUUUUCGGGUCGGGCUCGGAACAUUUUGACAUCGAUCCCGCGACCGGCGUGGUCACGCUGAAGGGCCCGUUGCAGGGUGGCAUCUAUAACGUGACCGUGGUGGCGUCCGAUUCUGGUUUCUCCAGGAAGGACAACGCGGCGCUGCUGGUGGUCAGCGUAGCGGACAAGAGCGCGGUUGCCGAGGAACCACUGCUCGAACUCCGUUACUUCGAAGUGGAGGUCGAGGAGAACUGUUUGGUGCCGUUGGAGAUCCUCAAGCUGAACGUGACCACGCGGUUCAGACGAUUCGCCGCGUCCGUCAGUUACUCGAUAAUCCCGUCGGAGAACAGCGAAAGCUUCGAGAUCGAUUCGAAAAACGGUAACGUCUACCUGAUCGACAGCCCCGAUCGGGAAUCGACGCCCACGCUCACGGUAAUGGUUCGUGUCGAGGUGACCGGAAGGAAGGGGAAAUCCACUUACACGGUGCACCCGAUCGCGCAGGACAUAGCACUGAACGAAGCCCGAAUCGUGCUCAGGAUAAUCGAUCAGAACGACAACGCUCCGAGGUUCGCCAACGAUAGCACGCCGGCAAUCGCAGCCGUGUCUCCGAUGACAGGUUACGGGUCUCCGGUGGCCACGGUCAGGGCGUUCGAUCCGGACCUGGGCUUGAACUCGGACAUCAGAUACUCGAUGAUUGGGGAUCCCGCGGAGAAGAGAUACUUCAACGUGGACGAGCACACGGGACUGAUACGCACGAUCGGCGGAUUCAGCCAGCUAAGGAACAACACGGUUUUCGGCUUCGACGUACGUGCCACCGACCGGGCCGGUGCGCCCGACGGUCGAUCGGCGAUCACGAACGUUUUUGUGUACAUUUUGAACGAUCACAAGCUUAUAACGCUGGCGCUGGGGAAACAACCGUCGGUCGCGGAGAAGUAUGCGGAUCUCGUCACGGGUUCAAUGACCAACAUCACCGGGUGCACGGUUAAAAUAUGGAGGAUUGAUUCGAAUGUAAAUAACAUGACUGACAUUCAACUCUAUGCAGUGGAUCCUAUCACGAAUGCAUUGGCCGAUAGCGAUUUGUUAAUGAAUUUGAUGUUGGACCACCAGGACGAGAUCAAUCGCGCGCUAAAACCGCUGCAGUUUAUCGGAUUCUCCCGGAUGCCGAAAAGCCACGGGGAUGUGGUCGUGGAGAACACGAUGAGCUUAUACACGACGUUCGAGCUGCUGACGGUGAUGUUCGGGUUCAUCAUAUUCAUGGGCGCCAUCACCGGUGUGGCGUGCGUGUGUACGGGACGAAAAAGGGAGAAGCAGAAAACCGUCACGUCAUACGGGAACUUCGGUUUUCACGAGAGGUCUCCGUUCUCGGCGAGCAAUGGCAGCCUUGCGCAGCUAUCCACCUGCGAGCCCAGAUCCUUGCAGAACCCCAUGUCGUUCAUGGAGGGCUCGCUGCUAUACGGCGGGGCCGUGACUAACCCCAAACACCUGAGGAGAGGCCUGCGAUGCACACAGUCCAGGACCAUCAUCCCCGUCGAACCUCCGAUCACCCGGAUGAGGCCUCAGCAGUGCGGGUCAACCAGGAGCAAUGAUCCCACGGACCAGUCUCAGAACGAGUGUUGUUCUUGUAGCAGCGCGACCGGCAGCACGGGCACGGCCAGUCUCACCGGGUCGUUCGUCGUAAAGUCCAGCGAUAACUUCGAAGACUCGUUGCGUUCGAUGGACAGAGUCAACAACAGUGUGAGCUGCCAGGGGCAUUCGCAACGAAGUUGCUGCAACGAAGACGAUUCGAACCAGACCCAAACGAGUAUCGUUAAGGUCUGCAAAUGCCCGAUGUCGCUGUGAUUCAUAUUCAAAUGCUCAUUAUUUUAAUAAAAUUAAUAUUA